ACUUUUAGAUGAAACCUACGGGUUAUUCUUUCUUCUCUCGAUUCUUCCUCCUCUUCGCCUUCCUGUGUCCGUGAAUCAGAAACCAUGUCGGGAAGAAAAAUCGCGUUGAAAAGCUCCGACGGGGAGACGUUUGAGGUCGAUGAAGCCGUGGCUUUGGAGUCGCAAACCAUCAAGCAUAUGAUCGAAGACGACUGCGCCGACAAUGGAAUCCCCCUCCCAAACGUCACCAGCAAGAUCCUCUCGAAGGUGAUCGAGUACUGCAAGAAGCACGUCGACGCUUCCGUUAAGACCGAAACCGCAACUACCUAUUCCACCGAUGACGAUCUCAAGAACUGGGACGCCGAGUUCGUCAAAGUGGACCAGGCCACCCUCUUCGAUCUCAUCCUGGCCGCUAACUAUCUGAACAUCAAGGGGCUAUUGGACUUGACGUGUCAGACUGUUGCGGACAUGAUCAAAGGUAAAACUCCGGAAGAGAUUCGAAAAACAUUCAACAUCAAGAAUGACUUCACCCCAGAGGAAGAGGAGGAGGUGCGCCGCGAGAACCAAUGGGCCUUUGAGUAAAGAAGAAAAAACCAACCAAUUCUCUCUAUCUCUACAAGACUUUCUCCUUGGCAGUAACCUAUCUAUGUUUGUCAUCUCACAUUUCUUCCCUUUACGUCUGUGUUGUUUGCAUCUUCUGUACCAUCUCUCCAUCACGGCUUGCGAGAUGCUGCUUCGGAUAUUAAUGUUAAUAUGAUGUUAUUUCUAUUGAUAUAAGCUUGGGCUGCUGCAUGCUGUUUUAA